AUGUACCUCGUCGAGGGCAAGAAAGGAUCACCGGAUGAAGAUCUCGUCAAGGAUCACCUUUUCAAAAACGUUCUCGGCUCUGCCGCUUUCUUCACUCACGCAGAGGUGCUCGAUUUGCUCUCGCUCAACGGCUUCCGUUCCAUCUAUCACUGUUCCGUCCCCGUUUCCACGUCUUCAUCGUGCACGCUCUACUUCGUUGAGCGCCCUCAGGUGUCCUUUCCUCCUGUCGCCCCUCUCACCGACUCGGACGCCGAGAAGGACCUGUUGAGCGCCGUUUCGAGCGCUACUUCGCUCCGCGGGCCUCCGUCAACGGCUGAGUGGCACGAUCUUUGGGCAGCAUGGGACCUCGUCACGCUGAGCAUGAUCCCGCCAAGCAUGCUGCACCAGAAACCGAUCGACCUACGGCACAAGUGCUUGUUCUACAUCGGCCACAUCCCCACGUUCCUCGACAUGCUCCUGUCCAAAGCCCUGGACGAGCCCAACACGGAGCCCAAGAACUUCACCCAGAUCUUCGAGCGUGGGAUCGACCCGCAUGUCGACGACCCAGACCGCUGCCACCGACACUCUGAGGUGCCCGUCAACGACGAGGACUGGCCCACUCUCGCUACCGUCCUCGACUUCCGCACGCGCGUGCGGCAGCGGCUCUUGGCCCUAUAUGCCGACGUUGCGGCAGGCCGGAGGCAACUCUCGAGGCACAUUGCGAGGAUGCUUUGUAUGACGCUCGAACAUGAGGGCUGGCACGUCGAGACACUCCUCUACAUGCUCAUCCAGCGCGCCGGCACCGGCACGCUCCCUCCGCCGGGCUUCACCACGCCACCUUGGGCCGCUCUUGCGGAGCAGUGGAACGCGAAUCCAGCGCCGGAGACGGCCACUGUGACCCUCGGCCCCGUUGAUGUUACGCUCGGACAUCACGAUUCCGAGGCGGAGGACUUUAAGUCCUCACCAGACACGGACGGGGACAACAACGUGUACGACAACGUCAUGUCCCACGUCUUUGGGUGGGAUAACGAGUCCCCCGUUCGCACGGUGCGCGUCGGCGCGUUCCGCGCAGAGUGGAGGCCCGUCAGCAACUCCGAGUUCUAUGCCUACUUUGCCGCCUCCAGCGGUAGCGUGCCUAUCCCACCUAGCUGGGUUAUGAGCUCAGAGGACGCGAUGCCGAUGGUGCGCACGUUGUAUGGCCCGGUUCCCUUCGCCGUCGCGCAGCACUGGCCUGUUCUAACGUCGUACGACUCCAUGGUCGCGUACGCGCGCUCCAAGGGCGGGCGCCUGCCCACCGAGCCUGAGCUCCGACUUUUCCUGGAUACCUACGACGUCGGGCACUCUGGCGGCGCUAACGUCGGAUUCAGGAACUGGCAUCCCGUCCCUGCCACUGCUGGGCUCGACGACGUCAACGGCGGACGCGGGUCGAAUGGGGGUGUAUGGGAGUGGACGUCGACGGCGUUCGAGGGGCAUGAAGGGCUCGUGGGAACGCAGCAUUUCCCUGGGUAUUCCGACGAUUUCUUCGAUGGGAAGCAUCAGAUUGUGCUCGGUGCAUCCUAUGCGACUAUACCCCGCCUCGCAGCGCGCCGCACGGUACGCAACUUCUACCAGCACAACUACCCGUAUCCGUGGGUUGGUGCUCGUGUCGUGUACGACGCGUAG